GGUGAAAAAAAAAAAGAUCCUAAAUUGGCUACAAAUACUAAUCUAACAAUCUGGAAAGAUUCCUAACGAUCAUUAAUGGUUUAUCCUCUGGGACAGAAGAUGAAAGGGAAGUUUAUAAUGACUUCCUGCUAUAACAAGAACAUAUAUUGAGGCAUCUGCAGCUUUUUAAACAACAUGGUAGCGGCCCUAUUACUUCCACUUUAUGUACAGUACACAGCACAUUAUUAUCUCCCUCGUCAGCCCUUUUUAUCCACACCAGAGACUCUUAGCUUCAACACACUCUCGCAUUUACACAAUUAAUGUAAACAUUAUGUCCUGUGCUUAAAGGUAGUUUAGAGCCAAAAGCAGCGCUUGUAUCCAAAGAAUGAUUUAACCCUCCUCCUUCCGGUGCUGGUCGUGUAUGUCUGGGACGGCCCAGUGACACUAACCUGGGUAUAAAUAUAAAUCAACUCCUGGCCCAUAAUUCAACUGGGAGUUUAUCUCUGCCUGUAGCAAAACACCGCGGCUGCCACUGUACCCUUAUAGAUUCAGCCCAAUUAACGUCACGCCAACCUCCUACAGUAUUUCCGUGUAUUGCAACAUCCAUUCAACCACGUCACUGUAAGACUGAGCAGGGACACGCUAAACAUCCAGGUACCUUUAACCAGCUUUGUAUUGCAUAACAUGAUUGACACAGAGGUCUUAAAAUGGCCUGUGUCCGAUAGGAUUCUCGUUGGAUUCUUUUGGAUAUAGUACCUAGAAGUAUCACAGAGUUGCUGUAAUCCUUGCCCAGUACGCAGACUGGUGACGGGCAUGUACUACAAGUGAAAUGUACCACGUGUCAUCGACAUUUAAAUGAUUUUGACGCUACAUUUACAUGAACACUAAAUUAUGGAGAGAUCAAAAAUCCAAAACAUCUAUCAUCCCACAGUAAUGUUACCAACGACACGGGCCAUCUGUACCUCAGCUCCUAAUAGUAGCAGCACAACCCAAACUCACAGCUCAGCUAUAAUUGCUCUGACGGAGUUCACUGUGGGUGUGUGACAUGCCGCCCAAGAUUCACCACAUCCCUACUAACGCUCCCAAAGCAAUUUAACAAUAACGUGUAAACUCAAACGUCCACCACCAACCAUCCAAUUCCGAUUGAGACACCCGGAGGAACACGGACACUCCCGGGUGACAACGUUUGACAUGGUGUUUUUUUUUUUUUUUUGUCACCCGCCCUCAUCUUAGCGUCACCUGCUAACACUGCCCUCCCUGCCCGGGUCCAAAUUAGUGUCCAACCAACAAGUCCACACACGUCUUUCAGCGUUUGGAGUUCUCACACACCUACAUGACAUUGAAGCAACUCUGAAGAAUCACCAGGAGGUAAAGGGUGGUUUACUGGAGGAAUCUCUGGACUGGAUAUACUGGAUAUAAUUCCUGGGAUUUCCUUUGAAGAACAUGGAUAACUACUUUUUGAGAGGAUUUAUUAUAGUUUUGUUCAUGCAAUACUGCACUUCAAAAGAUCUGUCCACAUCGAUCCACUCCACUAUGGAGGUCUCUCACCACGGCCAGACCCUGUCUGAGGAAUCAGAGCCGAUGUCCGCAGAGACGGCACCGGUGGUGGCCCCGCCAAGCCUGCAAGAGGUGCAGAAAGCCGUACAGGAGGCUUCAGAGCAAGUAGAAGGUCGAGGGGCAGAGGAAGUGUUGAAGGAGCUGCUGGAGAGGGUGGUAGAGGCAGCUCUGGGGCAGGUGGAGAGUGAAGAGAAGGCAGGUGAAGGAGCAGUUCAGGAGGCGGUCGGAGAAGAUACACAGUGGACUGAACAGGGAGAAGCUACACCUGACACAGACGAGCAAGGAGCAGAGGAAGGGUUGGAGACGGAAGGCAUAACUAAGGUCGACGAAGAGGACAAGGUAGCUGUGGCGGAUGCAUUUGAAGACGUAGCUGAGGAGGGAAAAGGAAUUAACCAGGAAGAGGGAAAAACAGCAGCUGGAUCUGUGGAGGAGGCCGCAGUAGGUGCAGAAGCUGGAAACAGAGAAGCAGAUGGAGUGGGGGUUAUAAGUGAGUCUCCAGACACUCAAGUCAGUGAGGGGGCUGCCGAGGCAACAUUAUCAGCUUUAGAAGAGACAGCAGUGAAGGCAGCAGGGACGGAGGACAGCAAUAAGCAGGAUGUGCUGUCAAAGGAAGCAGCCGAAACAGGAACACAGGACACAGUGGAAACUCAAGCUACUGUGGAGGUGGAGACACAGAAGGAGACUGUGGAAGUGUCUGACCCCAGUCUGCCCAGCUCUGAUGUGGAACAGUUAACAGAGAAACCUGGGUUAUUUCCACUGGAGGGAAAAAUCCCGGUAGAUGAAUUAGAAAGUGCAAUGACAGCAUUUCCUUCUGAUAAUUCUGAGGCAGAAACCUCACAAAGUGUAGCUGGAGAGCAGGUGCAGGAGGUGGAAGAUGUGUUGAAGGACACUAAAGAGCCAGAAGUAGAGGACGAACAAGGACUGUUAGCUGUGGAGGAAGCAGCCGCGGAAGACGCAGAAGCAGAGGUCGCAGAUUCUGAGGCAGAAACCUCACAAAGUGUAGCUGGAGAGCAGGUGCAGGAGGUGGAAGAUGUGUUGAAGGACACUAAAGAGCCAGAAGUAGAGGACGAACAAGGACUGUUAGCUGUGGAGGAAGCAGCCGCGGAAGACGCAGAAGCAGAGGUCGCAGGAGUGGGGGUGGCAGUGGGAGGUGGAGACGGAGAGGGUGGAAAAAAGGAGGAGUCGGCGACGCUGGGGCAUGAGAGGGCUGAAGAACAAGUAGAAGAGGAGCAGAUGAAGCUGGAGACGUCACAUGACGAACCACUGGUGAUCUCUGCCCCACAGCCUGAAGAUGUCAGCGAGGUGACAGAGCAGAGCCUCGGGAACCAAGCACCGACCCCCGGCCCCUCCCCGGGUGCAUCUGAAAUGGAGGAGAAUUCUAACCACGUCAACGAGAUCCUCACACCCAACGACGACCUUUCACAACACAACCCAGCCAUGGCUCAGCCCACGCUGGACAACGUGGUGAAGGUUGUCAUAGCUGAGGUCCCUCAGACAGAAGGCGAGCAACACGGAGAGGCCGAUGAGUUGGUGGAAGAUACCACAGCAAAUACAGAGACAAGGGAGCUGGGCCUGGAGGCGUGGAAGAUUGGGGCCAUUUUCGCUGGAGUCCUCCUGGUUCUGGAGACCGCUGUCAUCGUUAUCUACAUCCUCAAAUGUCGAGAGAGAAACAGCACUGCGGCGUCUCAUCGGGGGUGUGAGGAAGGCUCCGUCGAACCAGAGGCGACUACGGGAGGGGACUGCAGUGACGACACACUGCCUGUAGGGAACGGAGACCCUCAACAGAUACAAACGUUGGAUCCAUCUGAGGUGGUUUCAUCGCUGGCCCAAAACAAAGAGCAGCCUGAAGAAAACCAUGUGAUACCGAUGUCAGACCUGGCUGCAGACACCGGACACGGGCCGGACCCCACAGCAGACAUCAGGACGUCCACUCUCUAACCGUUUAUACUCAUUAAAUAAAGCCCAGAAUGCCUCUAUAACUACUAAACCUGGUCCCUGUCCCUGACCCCCGUCUACUAACCUUUACCAGUGAACCCUACACAACAACAACAACAACUGCCUCUGGACUCCCAUUUUUAACAACAACAGUGUACAGUACAUGCAACAUGUUUUAUUUUGGAGUGCCACUGUGUCUGAGUGAAACGCUACACGGGCGUCACCUGGACUGGGUGAUAAAAAUAAAGUGACGAAAAUAAUUAUUAAAAAGCACAUUUUAGAUUGUGUUACAUAAUCAAAUUCUACAGUUCAGUGUCUGUAUGUAUCAAAGGUGAAUGUUGAGAAAUGUUUUAUACCGACCCAUGAAAACUCAUCAGGACACUUAUCAUUGGUGGCGUAUGAUUGGACUGAAUUUAAUUGGUCGACGCAUCUGUGCUUAAAACUAAAAUAUCAGCCACACUGGUUUAUAUUUCACAUAAAUUUAAUUGAAAAUUUGGAUUGAACUCCCGACCAUUCAAAAUAUUUUGUGAACUGUGAUACAAUAUUAAAAUAACAAUGAGAAAUGUGUGAUUUUGUUCUUUUG